AUGUUACCAAUCAGCAUGUUGAUUUCGAUGAGAAUUUCAAAUAAAACAUUUUUUUUUCUUCGAGAAUUUUCGAGUCAUACAUCGCCGUUCAUUAUAAGUCAAAAGACGAGAAUGACUGAAGAAGAAAUUGGCAAAGUUAAUCGAAAAUUACAGAAAAUGAUCGAUAAAUCCGAAGUUGAUGAAUCGAUUGCACGGGAUCUGUUGACUCGUUUACAAGAAUCACGUAUUACAUUGAGCAUUUUACAAAAAACUGGGAUUGGAAAAACAGUCAAUAAUCUACGGCGGCUUAUUGCUAAUGAAGAUCUAUCAACAACAGCCAAAAGUCUGUUAAAGAAUUGGAAAAAGCUCGUACCAGAAUCUCCAUCGACACCAUUCAGCAAAGAAGAAAAACAAUCGACACCGACGAAUAAUUACAAUAGUCAAUUAUCACAGGAAUCAAAUUCGAGCUCAGGAAAGCUCGAACCAAGCAAGUCGAUUGAACGACAAAUUUCGCAGCCCGCAUCGAGCAGUAUUACUGCAUCACAUACGUCAGAUGAAGUCAGAUUGAAGUCGCGUGAACUUCUUGCUGCUGCUUUCUCCGUUUCUGAACUUCCAGAAGGAUCAGCAGAUCCUGUCGAAUUAGCUGCACGCAUUGAGGAUGCUAUUUUUCAAGAAUUGAAAGAUACAGGCAAUAAAUAUCGCAAUCGUAUUCGUAGUCGCAUAUCGAAUUUGAAAGAUUUGAAGAAUCCUAAACUUCGUACAAAUGCACUUCUCGGCAUUAUUACGCCAGAACGAUUAGCUGUACUUACCGCAGAAGAAAUGGCAAGUGAUGCAUUAAAAGAGGAACGUACGAAAUUGAAUGAAAGUGCAAUCAACGAACAUCAACUAGCUAUGGAUGAAGGAACUGGUACUGAUCUCAUUCAAUGUAGACGUUGUAAGCAAAACAAUUGUGCAUACACAGAAGCUCAAACGCGUAGUGCUGAUGAACCAAUGACUUUAUUUGUAUUCUGCAAGAAUUGUGGUAAUCGAUGGAAGAUGUAA